ACGAGCGCCGGCCAAGAGCCGGUCUUCACUGGUCGCGUGUACUGUAUUCAGUUCAGUGCUCGACUGGCAGCGGUGGGUGGCACACGUCUUGCGUCCUGCUCCUUAUUUUUUCUUCCUAACCACACUUCAAAAUGAAAGUGUUCAUCACCUCCUUCGUCAUCCUUGCUGUGGCCGGCUCUGGUAUGGCCAUCAAGUGCUUCGUCUGCAACACACAAACAGACCCAGCAUGUGAUGACCACAUGCAGUCUAAAUCCCCAGCUCUGCAAAAUGCCUUUUUGCAGGAGUGUGAAGUUAAGGCAAACCAGUCAGAACCAUUCUGUAGGAAGGUCAAGGAAUACAUCCACACGAAUUCUGUUGUGAGAGUGCAUCGGGAGUGUGGCUACAUGAUGCGUGAGGGAUAUGAAUGCUACCAGAAACGCUCGGAGGACUAUGUAAUGGAUGUGUGCCAGUGUGAAAAGGACCUGUGCAAUGACUCCCCAUCACUCACAGCACCAAUCAGCUCACUCCUAGCUGUUGCCAUCCCCUUGCUGGCCAGGUUCAUGUGAGCCCAGUAAGACAGUAAGGUGUAGUUCCUCAGAAACUGUAGAACCAGUGAAGCACAUGCACAUCUCUGUUUGCUCCAUCUCGGCAUAAAUGCACAUACACAAGUAGAAAUCUGUCUGUAGAUAUUCAUUUCAAUGUAUUUUUAUUGUAACAUUUAUAUAUCGAUACUUGUCCCACUUAUAUAAAUUCACCUUCGUACAAACUGUAUGCCUUUGUGUGAAAUUGUAUCCACUAGUUUGUUUUCUCACCGUUGAAGAUGUAGAUGUGUUGUUUGAAGGCUGUGGUUUUUAACAGUCCAAUGGCUAUGGAAAUUAAAGGUACCUAUUGUAUGUAUAGAGAAUUUUUAAUAAAACUUUACUUGUUGAAUUUCAAAUAGCUGUAAAUUUACUUCUCCAGUAUCAGUAAUUAAUUCAUGACAGUAGCCAUUGACAUAAAGAUAUAGUGUUGUUGAUAUUAUGCACUGUUGAGAGAUUGCAUAAAUAUGUGGGCAAAUAAAUUUUAUAAAAGUAAUAA